CGCACUCCCGCGCCAAAAGAGCGGGAAUGUCACGGCGAAAGAAAAGAAUCUGCCCAACGUUUUGGGGGCCCGACUUUCUUAUUCGUUCUCCUCUGUGCCGCUUGUCAUUGGCCAAUCCUGAAAUUAGUUCCCCCAAGUUUUUCCCUGCCUCUCAUGUUCACCCUCUCCACUUGAACUAUUACUGUACGUCAAGUAUCUAGGUACUCGUACUCACAAAGGGUCCGUGCGAUUGAAGAGCUAACUAAGUUUGAAACAAACAAAAAAACAGACAUAUCACUUCUUUUGGCUCGUGUUGUGCCUUGUGUGAUCCAAACAAAAGUCAAGUGGCAUCCCCAGGGAACAUGGACAGCCAAGGCUCUUCGCGAAAAUCCUCGACCACUUCCAAUUUCUCCGUGUCUGAUUACGACACGUGGGGAUUGGAGGAGGAACAGGUUCGAACCCUCAAGCGGACGUUUGACCAAUUCGACUCCGACAAAUCCGGGGCCAUCUCUGUAGAAAUGGUCAAUACCAUCCUGAAAAUGAUGGGCAUGCACGUGUCCUCUCGAGCAUUGGAGGAUAUCAUCCACGAGAUUGACGAAGACGAGUCCGGAUGUCUGGAGUUCCCGGAAUUCAUUCAGCUGGCCGCCAAGUUUCUUAUCGAAGAGGACGAAGAACAGAUGAAAUGGGAACUCAAGGAAGCCUUCAGGAUCUAUGACAAGCAUGGGAAUGGAUACAUAACCACCAAAGUUUUGAAGGAGAUCCUCCGAGAAAUCGAUUCUACCCUCAAUGAAGACAACCUGGAACAAAUCAUAGAAGAGGUGGACGAAGAUGGAAGCGGAACCGUGGAUUUCGACGAAUUCAUGACCAUGAUGACAGGAGAAUGAUACGCUUGAAUUCAAGGAUCCUCAUGUUUAAUUUAGAUCUCGUUCCCUUAUCAUCGACAAUGCACAUGCCACCAUGUACUAGUACUAUGUACAAUAUGUCAUGCCCGCUUCUUUGCCUUUGCUUAACCUUGACGUCACUCUUUUGUGGCUUAUCUAUUAUUUAUUUUGAUAUCCUUGGUUUAUCUGACAAGACACCAUCAAAAUGGCUUUUGGAGGGGUCUCUGGAAUCCUUAGGAGUUAAUGAAUCCUGGAGGAAAGAGCACUUGCGUCGAUGCCGCCAAUCGAAUUUCACUCGAAUUCCCCGUCCAAUUGCUCUUGUAAGGAGGGCUCAGAGGCGUGAGCUGAAUCUCAACCCAUUCAUGAGGCUUCUCGGGAUCUGCAUGGGCAUUCCUGGAAAGAUAACCGAAUGUGAAAUACAAUUCAACGGUUUCUGAUA